AGCGGGCGCAGCGCGAGGGGACCGAGUCUCCCGCUGCGUGUCGUGCGUCCCGACCCAAUAAAGGAGCUGGGAUCUGCUCGUCCGAAAAGCCGCAGAGGCAUAGAAUGAACCCAAUCCCUCAGUCCUGAGGAUGCUGGCAGGAAUACUUUGACUUAUUCGAAGUAGAACUGAGUGGAGGCAGAGAGAAGAGACAUCUUCUGCCAGAUCUCACCCCGAGGGAAUUGCCAGCAACUCUGCUUGCCAUCCUCUGCCCAGAUGGCAGUCACCAUGGGGUUUAUGAAAGAGAAUGACACCUCUGCCUCCACCAGCUUCCUUUCCAUGCUCGAUUCCCAAGAAGCUCAAGCUUCUCCCUUCCCAUUCAACUCCAGUUACAGUGACUAUGAUCUGCCCCUGGAUGAAGAUGAGGAUGUGACCAAUUCUCGGACUUUCUUUGCAGCCAAGAUUGUCAUUGGUGUGGCCCUGGUGGGCAUCAUGCUGGUCUGUGGCAUUGGAAAUUUUAUCUUCAUUGCUGCCCUGGCCCGUUACAAAAAGCUGCGCAACCUCACCAAUGUGCUCAUUGCGAACCUGGCCAUCUCUGACUUUUUGGUGGCCAUUGUCUGCUGCCCUUUUGAGAUGGAUUACUAUGUGGUUCGCCAGCUCUCCUGGGAGCAUGGCCACAUCUUGUGUGCCUCCGUGAACUACCUGCGCACUGUCUCUCUCUAUGUCUCCACGAAUGCCCUGCUGGCCAUCGCCAUUGACAGAUAUCUUGCCAUUGUCCACCCACUGAGACCCCGGAUGAAGUAUCAAACGGCCACUGGCUUGAUCGCUUUGGUGUGGGUGGUGUCAAUCCUCAUUGCCAUCCCUUCAGCUUACUUCACAACAGAAACCGUUCUCAUCAUUGUCAAGGACCAGGAGAAGAUCUUCUGUGGCCAAAUCUGGCCAGUGGACCAACAGAUCUACUAUAAGUCCUACUUCCUCUUCAUCUUUGGCAUCGAGUUUUUGGGCCCGGUGGUCACCAUGACCCUGUGCUAUGCCAGGAUCUCCCGCGAGCUCUGGUUCAAGGCAGUCCCUGGUUUCCAGACGGAGCAGAUCCGCAAGCGCCUUCGCUGCCGCCGGAAGACGGUCCUGGUCCUCAUGUGCAUCCUCAUAGCUUAUGUCCUAUGCUGGGCGCCCUUCUAUGGCUUCACUAUCGUGCGUGACUUCUUCCCCACUGUGUUCGUGAAGGAGAAACACUAUCUUACAGCUUUCUACAUCGUCGAGUGCAUCGCCAUGAGCAACAGCAUGAUCAACACCUUGUGCUUCGUCACGGUCAAGAACAAUACCAUCAAGUACUUUAAGAAGAUCAUGCUGCUCCACUGGAAGUCUUCUUACAAGAGUAGUAAGUCCAGUGCAGAUCUUGAUCUCAAAACCACCGGGGCACCUGCCACCGAAGAGGUGGAUUGCAUUAGACUGAAAUAACUAGAAACUUGUAAAAGUUAAUCUUAGAUGAUGUUUUUGGGACAAUGAUCAGUGUGCUUACACAUACUUGCAGACAAAAACUCUUGGUUCGUUGGAAGGUAAAUGGACAACUAUGCGAGCUAUGUGUUUAGAGAAUAUGAUUAGAUACCACAAUUAGUGAAUGACAUUUAUUAUAUGUUUCCUUUGCAUAAAGAGUAGGCACCAGUGGAACCUAUUUGUACUGAUAACCUUGGGUGGAAAAUGUUGGGUCAGAGUCUGGGAUUUUCUGGUUAAUGAACCAGAAUAUGGAUCUAAACUCUAGUAGAGGUGUUUUUAAGGUGAGGUCUUGGUGCAUUUCAGCUGCUCAUCAAAUUGUGAUGUAGCAUAUCUCUAGAACUGUUCUUAGACUUGCUCUUGCUCUUAACACUUGUAGGGGUGGGUCAAAAAUACAAACAAAAAAAAAGGCUCCUAACUCCCUCACUUACUUCACCCCCACACACACAACACAUCAAAACACACAACUCUUAUUGAGGAUGUGUACUUGCAUGCACAUAUAUGCAUGGCCAAGUUCUGUCCUAACUCACUACCUCCAUAUUACCCCACAGUUAACUCUUGGGCCUAGAGCCAUGUCCAUAUGUGGUAAUGCUUAUCAUCAGAAAGACGAGCCUAAAGAAGCAGUCACACAUGCUCUAGAACUGGUCAGAGAAUUAUGAGGCUCAGAGUAAGCUGAAUGGGUGAAAGGGGGAAAUUCUGAGUCCAAAAUAGGUACGUUUCCUUCACUCUAUGAACUUCUUAUUCCUUAGUUGUGCAACUUCUUGUCCCUUAGUUGUGCAACUGGAGCAUUAGAGGAGAAGAAAUUCUCAAAAGAAGUGACCUCAGGGUAUGUGCUGAGAUUCUUUAGGUCAAACUUGGGUUGAUAGUACAGAAGUACAGAUAGUACAGAAGAUAAGACACUUGACUUGCACAGGUUCCAUCUCCAGCAUGGCAAAUAGUCUCUCAAGCCCCUGAGCACCACUGGGGUGUGGCUCAAGAACAAACAAACAAAGAGGAUUCUUUUGAUCUAAGGAUGGUAUUACUCCUACUUCUUAGUUAUUCUGGUUUUAAUCAGUUUGGCUUCUUCUUAAGUCUUUUCUCUUCUUAAGGCUUCUUAAGAGCUUCUUGUAAGCAUGCAAUCUAUUAAAAGAGACAACUUCAUGGAAUUGACUGUCUCAUUUUCACAUUUUACUAGCUUUCAUCCUCAUUGGUAUGAUCUGAGAGCACUGUGUUUUGGUUACUGGUUCCUGAGCCUCAUCCAAGUCACUAUGCAAUCCAGUGGCAAGAGACAAGUUCAGUGACGGAACUUUGGCACUCAGAAGGGAAAGAAACACCCCAUUUGGGUUGGAGAGUGUGUAUUUAUGGAGGGGGGGCAUGCAAUGAUGAGUAUCAGUGACUUCACAGACUUUUUGAGGGCUCAUCCUGCUCUUAGUUUUUGACUUGUGGAAUUUUAGAACCAGAAGAUCUGAUUCAGCUUUAUCUCUGCACUUUUGUGGCCUUGGGUAAGGCCCUGUGGAGGGGCCAAAGAUAAUAUACCUAUCAUAAGUACUGAGGAGGUGACUAUGAGAGGCAACAUAAGAAAACUCAAGCUCAUAAGCAACCAAAAGAAAGGGACUGCUAACUGUGUUGUCUUUGUGGAAAAAAUUGCUACAUUAGUUUAUGUAGCUAGAAACCUAACCAUCUACCCUGUCAAUUCUUUGUGUGAAUGAUUUUUUAAUUCCUUUUAGCGCUGCUAGAUGCAUUGGUCCAACAUGGUAGUGAAGUUGAGGGCAGAGAGUAUAAGAAAAUAGCACAUUAGUUUCCAGUCAGAGAUGAACUCAGAGUUUUAGAAACAAGAACCAGAGAAUCAAAGCACCUUUGUGGUCAUGGAGUGUGACCACCGUAGUAAUCUUCCUAUGUCUGUUCCCAGCCAGCAUGAAUCUUGGAAAUGUGGUUUGUUUCCUAAUCUUUUAUUCUCAUGAGUGUGUUAGGCUAUAAAUAAUUCUAGAGAAGCUUGUUUAUAAGGCUAUUUUCAUGAAAACUGUAUGGUGUUCUCUCUAUCCAAAUACAGUGAAUUCUUUGUUUAGGAAAGUUAAGUUAAUUUUUAUGCUUAAUAUACCUAAAACUAUUAAUGUUUUACAACUCAUUGUCUAACUGGUUUAUCUUAAAGUUUAAUCAGAAUAUUCUCAAAGAUUAAGAACUAAAAUAUGAACCUAAAUCCAAUAUGUUGAAGAAGACAUUUUUAACUUAAAAAUAAAAUAAAUAUAUUUCUUUUUAAGAUCAGGAAACUUAGUUUGAGACAAAAAAUAAUUAAAUGUUUGCUGUCAUUAUGCUUAUCUUUCUUACUAGGAAUGCUAAACAUGAGUUGGCUAUAUUAAAUAGGAGUUCUAUCUACAUGACAACCAAAUAUCUUUUUUCUUAUUAGCCUAAAAUGCAUCAAUAUUUUGCUCAUUCAUUUAAUUAUCUAUAAUAUUUCUAAAUACUGUGUCUGCUUGUGAUUUUACAGUGAACG